AUGACCCGUCUAAGCGUCGUCUCGCUGGCAUUUCUUAGCCUGCCUCUGGCUUGGGCAUGGACAUUCACCCCCUCUUCUUCUCCAACCGAAUGCUCGCUCUUCUCUAUUUCGUUCGAGGGCGGCGAGGCGCCUUUUCAGUUCACCUUUCUCCGCCCUGCUUCCCUUGAUCCCUCCCUCCCCGUCGACCAAUGGGGACCCGGCUGGGCACUAGUGUUCAACGCGACAUCCUCCCCGGCAGAAUGGAUACUUCCUUGGCACGUCGGCGAUCCCAUACUGAUCGUCGGCUCCGACGCGACGGGCUUCGGCACCGGCGGCACAUCUUCCCUUCUGACCGUCAGCGCCAACUCGUCUUCAAGUAUGACCUCUUGCCUCACCAACAGUGCGAACAGCAGCUAUGCUCAACACGUCACGCAAUGGAAUGGCCAGGUCUCCGAAUGCGGCCUCAUGAGCACUGUACUCACCGACGUUCAAGAUCCCAUCAAUCUGGCCAUCGUAAUCGCCGGCGGGUACAGCUUCAUAUACAACAACGAAACCGUUCUUGGCCCCAGCGACGCAAGCACAAACGCAAAUGGCGAGGAUGUCGAGUUGUUAUGGUACAUGUCUGCUUUGGCAGGAGAGAACGUUACCUUCUUUGGGAAGGACGCCGAUGGUCCACUGUUCGUCUCUCCGCUCAUGACGAUCCAACCAGGAAAUUCCGACUGCCUCAACACAGGCUCCGCAAUCCCCAAUGUCGAUGGACCCGGACCCCUCGUUACUGGUACCGCAGGGUGGUCAGCCGAGCCUGUUGCCACUAGCGUGCAAGGGGUUUCGGAUAGCUCGACUUUUGGACUCACUCCAGCAACAAGGGUUGGCGCAAUUAUCGGGGGAGUGGUAGGAGGGAUCUUGGUGACGAUCGGCAUUAUGGCUCUAGUGAUGUACGUUAUGCGUCGGUACAAUCGACAGAGACGACUGCUCCGGCUCAAGUCUUCUGCCAUUGUGGCCUAUGCCCCUCGGAAUCUGGAGAGUAUCGGCAUAGAUGGACCAGUAGAUUUGACAGAGCUCCGUGGCGAGAAGCUGGGAGCAAACCACUUGCCUCUUCCUUAA